GCUCUCAGUGUGAUUAUCCGCAUCCUUGUCCCGAAUACAAUUUAGACUGAUGUCUUCUUCCUGGCUCGGGGAUGGGGAGGCGUUUAUCUCGUCACGUCCCGGGUCUUCACCCCGCCUCCCUUGGGCCUCGACUCGUGAGGGUAUUUUGGUUCCGGGUCGGGAGGCGGGCCCUCGGAGGGUCCGUGCUUCCGGGGCGGGGCCAGCGGGCGGGGCGCGCUCACCCGGCCUGUGUGGAGCUCGGCGGCUGCAGACGCGGCGGUGGCGGCGGCGGCACGGCAGACAGCGGCCCCGGGAGCGGCAACAUGAGCGGGUCACAGAAUGAUGACAAAAGGCAAUUCCUGCUGGAGCGACUGCUGGACGCAGUGAAGCAGUGCCAGAUCCGCUUUGGAGGGAGAAAGGAGAUCGCUUCGGACUCUGACAGCAGGGUGACCUGUCUGUGUGCCCAGUUUGAAGCCGUCCUUCAGCAUGGCAUGAAGAGGAGUCGAGGAUUAGCGCUCACAGCAGCAGCCAUCAAGCAGGCGGCGGGCUUUGCCAGCAAAACUGAGACAGAGCCUGUGUUCUGGUUCUACGUGAAGGAGGUCCUCAACAAGCACGAACUGCAACGCUUCUACUCCCUGCACCACAUCACUGCGGAUGUGGGCCGAGGCCGGGCCUGGCUGCGCUGUGCCCUCAACGAGCACUCCCUGGAGCGCUACCUGCACAUGCUCCUGGCUGACCGCACCAGGCUCAGCACGUUCUAUGAAGACUGGUCUUUUGUGAUGGAUGAAGAAAGGUCCAGCAUGCUCCCUACCAUGGCAGCUGGUCUGAACUCCAUACUCUUUGCAAUUAACAUUGACAACAAGGAUUUGAAUGGGCAGAGCAAAUUUGCUCCCACUGUCUCUGACCUCUUAAAGGAGUCAACACAGAAUAUGACGUCUUUGUUGAAGGAGUCCACGCAGGGCAUGAGUAGCCUUCUCAGGGAGAUCACAGCAUCCUCUGCUGUCUCUAUUCUCAUCAAGCCGGAGCAGGAGACUGACCCUCUGCCUGUCAUCUCCAAGAACGUCAAUGUUGAUGCCAGAUCUAAGAGGGAGAGGAGGAGGAGGAAGAAGGUGACCAACAUUGUCUCUUUUGAUGAUGAUGAUGAGGAGCAGAGCAUUGGGAACACUUUAAAAAAGAUGCCUGGAACUACAGAAAGCUCGGAGGAGAACUCCGACCGCUCCUCCAUCAAUGUCACAUCAACCUUUGAAAGCCCCUUUGGGCCAAACUCCAAUGGGAGCCAGAGCAGCAGUUCCUGGAAAAUGGAUGCUGCGUCUUUGAAUGGGGAGCUGGGCUUCCAGAAGCUUGAUGUGAAGAGCAUCGAUGAUGAUGUGGAUGAAAACGAGGAGGAUGUGUGCAGGAACCCAGCAGGAAGGAGGAAUACAGGCCACUCUGAGUCGCCAGACAAACCACUGGAUGGGAAUGCCUGCCUCCCCCAGGUGCAUGGCUGGGCCCCACUGCAGGUGCUCCAUGGAGAUGCUGAUGCCGACACUGACGUCCUCUUCCCUGUCAGUGGAGUGGGCUCCUAUGUUGCAACAGAUGCCCCUGUGGGAAGCCUGGAGAAUGGGGCAGGACCAGAGGACCAUCUACUCCCAGAGCCCGGCCUUCGGUACAGUGUGGAAGCCAAUUCUCCAGGCCGAGGAAGCCCUCUGAAUAGCUUGUUACCAUCUGCCUCAAUGCCCGAGUCCAUGACAGUUCAUGAACUACGCCAAGCCAUCGUGGCCAUGAUGAACAGAAAAGAUGAACUGGAAGAAGAGAACGGGUCACUGCGGAGUCUCCUUGAUGGCGAGAUGGAGCACUCGGCUGCACUCCGGCAAGAGGUGGAUGCCCUGAAGAGGAGGGUAGCAGAGCAGCAGGAGCGCCAUACCACAAAGGUUCAGGCGCUGGCAAGAGAAAACGAGGUGCUCAAAGUCCAGCUGAAGAAAUAUGUAGGAGCUGUCCAGAUGCUGAAAAGAGAAGGUCAAACAGCAGAAGUUGUACCCAGUCUUUGGAAUGUUGAUGGAGAAGUUACAGUCCCUGAACAGAAGCCUGGGGAAGUUGCUGAGGAACUAGCAAGCUCCUAUGAGAGGAAGCUUAUUGAGGUGGCUGAGAUGCAUGGGGAGCUGAUUGAGUUCAACGAGCGUCUACACCGGGCCCUGGUGGCCAAAGAAGCCCUGGUAUCCCAGAUGAGGCAAGAGCUGAUCGACCUCCGAGGUCCUGUGCCUGGAGAUUUGAGCCAAACAUCUGAAGACCAGAGUUUAUCAGAUUUUGAAAUAUCUAAUCGGGCGCUGAUCAAUGUUUGGAUCCCGUCUGUGUUUCUCCGAGGCAAAGCAGCCAAUGCAUUUCAUGUGUAUCAGAUCUACAUCCGGAUAAAGGACGACGAGUGGAACGUGUACCGGCGGUACACCGAGUUCCGGGCAUUACAUCACCAGCUGCAGAGCACGUUCCCGCAAGUAAGGGCCUACAGCUUCCCGCCCAAAAAGGCCAUCGGAAACAAGGACGCCAAGUUCGUGGAGGAGCGACGAAAGCAGCUCCAGAGUUACCUACGCAGCGUCAUGAACAAGGUCAUCCAAAUGGUGCCUGAGUUUGCUGCCAACCCCAAGAAAGAGACCCUGGUGCAGCUGGUGCCCUUCUUUGUGGAUAUCGCCCCGCCUGGAGAACCACUGAACAAGAACAGCAGGCCCAAAGUAGCUUCCCGCUUCCCUAAGCUGUCCCGAGGCCACCCCAGGGAGAUGCGCAAUGUGGAGCCUCAGAGUGGUGACCUCUGACCUCAGUGGAACCCAGACCCCAGUCACUUUGUGCUCAACCUAGCCAUGGCAGCUGGCCCUCGACACCUUGGCAGGAUGACCAUGUUCCCACAGAGAACAUGCUCUUCUUGCUGCCACCCAAUUAAACUCGUCAGUUUUAGCUGCUGGCUCCCUGUCCUUAGAGCAAGGUAUUGCUUACUGGACCGAAAAGAUGGGGAUACUGUUACUAUACCCCUCAGGGUGCCAAGGAUGGUUGUCACCUCCUCCAGUUCUGCCAGCAGGUCGGUGGGUGCCAGGACCCCUGGUUGAGAUGCACAUGGGCAGAAGGAUCCUUCAGAUGCCACUUAUGACGUGUUCCCGCCUGGGAGCUAGAAUGACUGUUAUGCUCUUGGAUUUCCUCUUGAUGCAACUGCCUGCUGCAGCCUGUGAAUGGGACUCCUCCUCCCUGUUCCUCUGUCCGCCAUGGUGAUUAGACACCAACAGCACUGCCCCAUGGCUGGUAUGGAUGGGAUCUCUCCAGGAAUAGUCCUCUAGUUGCCUAACAGAGGCAUUGGCGGUGACUUUGGUCUUUGAAGAACUUCUUCUCUCCUUGUGCUGGCUCCAGGAAGCACCGUCUGUGCAAGACACCUAAGGCUGCUCCAGCAAGGGUAGCUAGGUGGACCUGAGGGAUUUCACCAUCCAGUCCAGCCAUUGGCAGCCUGGAGACCCUGAGGAGAACAUCCCUGGCCCUAGAUUGGUGGUUGUGACCUCAGGUCCCCGGAGAUUUGGCUCUGGGUAUUACUGUGGAAACCCAGUAAGCACUACAGUGUCUCAGACCCACUGCCAGAACAGAGCGGAGAAUGAUUGUCCUCUGAGGUUGUUUAGCACACUCUGUCCCCUAAUGUGUCUCAGUGGGAGCAGAAUUCUGUGUCCCCCAAGGUGAUGUUCUUCUAUUGCUCUCAUCUCAGGGCACCAUCCUAGAGGCCAAGGCUCUCAGGCAUGGAGUAGAAUAAGAACCAGCUACUUGGCAACUCUGCCUUCCUCUGCCCCCAAGCCCGGGUCUGUCUGCUUCUCAGGACCCACUGUCUCCCUAGCGCAAAACCUCCUUGGUGUCUUGGGACAGCUUGGAAAAAAAGCUUACAAAAGGAACCAUGUACCAAGCAAUAUGUGCGUCCCUGCCUGCCAAGGAGUUCCCAGUGGCAUCUGCGUAGGGGGGCGACAGCAGAAACAGCCUGAAUGUGGUCCUAGAAGGGCUUCAGCUCAAAGCUAGACCUUGGCAAGGAGUCUGAGGAAGUAGGGGCUUUCUAGCCCGAGGAAAGCUUAGCGAAAGUCCCCUAGAGGCAAGAGGGAACUUCAGAGUACAGGGAGACAGACCUAAACAGCUCCAAUUCUGAAGGGCACCUUGGGCUAGGUGGGCUGUGCCCAAAGGAGGCAGAACACACCUUUCCUCCCUCAUGACUGGGAGUAGGAGUUGUGGGAAGCAGGGAAACCAUCUUCAGCUUGCUGGGAGUGGAGGAUCCAAAAGAUUCUCAGCCCUAGAAAGUCAACGUGGUUCUUCUCUUGUCUGCCUAAGAGACCAGACUCCACACAAACACCACACCCAGAAUGUAGGGCGGGCAGAUGGACCCAGCGGCCAAAAAAAGAUUCUGUGAGACUCUAGUAGCCCUAAGCCCACCUGAGCUUGGAGACUCAGAUGGACACUUCGUAUUCUGUCAUGUUCUGUAAAGAAAGGAUCCUGACACCUCCCACAUCUCCACAGCCUAUAGUUCCAAGCAGCAGACCUGGCCCCAACACAUCACUAAGAGUCUGUUCUCUCAGUGCAGACACAGAUGGCAUACAGAACUAUCUUUCACAUUCAGCACCUGCAGUUAAAGCAGAGGGAGGGAAGAAGGGAGGGAAAAAGAAAGGAAGGAAUGGAAAAAGAAAGAAAGAAAGGAAGGAAGGAAGAAAGAAAAAAGAAAGAGCAAGAGAGAAAGAGUAGAUGCCUUGGCUUUCGAGGAUUAAUUAUGGGAAAUUUGCCCAACUCUGCAAUAAUGUGAAUAUGAGAAUGGUUCCAGGGACCAUGUGGGACUUUGGUUGCUUGAUAUCUGUCUCUUACCCACCCCUUUUUCCCCUUGUUGGGGAUUGACACUGGGGCCUUGCAAGUGCUGGACAAAAGCUCUCCACUGAACCACACUCCGGACCUGCUCAGACUGAUCCCACAGAAACCUGGAAAUUAUUCUUGGCUCCAGAGUUCCUAUCUCAUUACCUCACAGUGUGAGCAUGUAAGCCCCUGGAACUUGGGCAGAGCAGUGCAGACCAGGGGGUUCAGGUGAUGGAAGGCUGUUCCCACAAUGCUCCUAGAUCUGAGGCCCAAAGUCUAGAGAGGAAUGUAGGACCAUGGCCACCCAGUGGGUCUGACACAAUGCCACCUCUUCAGGAGACUGUUUCCCAACCCUGAGCCUGGCUGUGGCCUUGGCAUCCUUGUGGCUGCUAAAACUUCGUUCUUAGAACAGUUCAUGUGUCCUGAGGCCCAAGUCACAGUGUUCCAGGCCUCGGCUCCUGUGCCAUCUACAGCAGCUCCAUCUGUGUAAGACACAGCUGUUGUGUUAAUAUAACUGGCCCCUAAGGAGAGGCUGGGCCCUGGUCUCGCAGGUCUACCACCAGACUCCAUCCCUUUGGCACCCUUCACUUGCAUACACCCACCCAACUGUGCCCUGCUGAGGACUUAGAAGCUCAGAUCUUCAGUCACCAGGAUGACCCAGGAGCAGUCCAGCCAUAUUGCCUUGUUCCUGCGCAGCUACACUGGCUGGGAGGCAUGCAAGGAGGAGCAGCCUCGUGCCCAUGGCAAUAAGACCUGAUGUUCAACACUCCCACUAGGGACAAUGCCACCCACUGCAGAGCUGCCUCCUGGUCGGGGGCGCUGUGGCCAGAAGGCAGGUACCUCCUCAUGAACAAGGUCUAUUGUAAUGGACAUUCUUCAAAAUAUUGUGCAUUAUUUCAUUAAAGCUAGUGUUAAUUGUUUGCUGUUUCAGUUGGUUCUGCGCUAACUUUGCACAACUGUAGCACUGUAUAUUUUAUCUAAUGUUUCUGUGCCAAAUGUUUGGCUCUCUGUUGCUCUGACGUAGUCUCCAUUAUGGUUCUGAAGGAAAGUGUAGGCAGUGGGCAGGGGAGUGGAAUGCACUCUGCAGACUGCAGUGGACGCUGGGUCAAGGCUCGGGUUCACUUCUCACCACGACCAUCUCCCGUCUUGUAGACACUGCUCACUGCGUGUUUCAGCUGACAUCCGCAACCCACUCAACUCCACUCCGUCAGGGGAGACCGCUUGACCACAUGGAGGUUCUUGUCAUCAGUAGGAUGGAUUGGGAAGCCCCAGGAAGAAUUGGGACACAGGACACAUGACAGUGGGUUGCACAGGAGCCCGUAGGGUUGCUGAGCAUCUGGGAAGAACACCCAAGAGCUGGGACCUCUAGGGGAGUGAGGGUCUGGUUUGCCAUCCCCAUCCACCCCAGAGAGGUUCUCUGGCUGCUGCAGCCCUGUCUGGAGCCCAGAAGCCUGAGCAUGUGGUACCCCAACUCCAACUCCCCUCUUAUGUUAAGGUUUACACAAUAGAAUUUUUAAACAAAUAUGUUUAAUUUUCUAAAAUCUCUUGUAUUAAAUUUUUCUUUUGGAAUAAGCUGUGGAUUUUGUUACAAUCUGAUUGAGAGAAGCCUUUUCAGUGAGGGGAU